CUACCAACACCACGUACCUAAACACCCUAUAUUGAUCUGACGUUCUGGCUACGUUUUUUUGAGGUUAGGACGCUUGUUUUUUCACGUGUUAUUGCGACUCCUCCGUGAAGCGAUAAAUCGCCGAGAGGUUGUCUGAAUUCAGUCAGUUUAUCAUACUUGUGAUCUUAACAAAAUGGUGGAAGAGGUAAACCCCAAAGCUUACCCUUUGGCUGAGGCAAUCCUCACGACCAAAAUCUUGAAUCUUGUGCAACAAGCAAUGAAUUAUAAGCAGUUGCGUAAAGGGGCAAAUGAAGUUACCAAAACGCUGAAUCGUGGAAUUGCCGCAUUUAUCGUAAUGGCAGCUGAUGCCGAACCUUUGGAAAUUUUAUUGCAUUUGCCACUGCUUUGUGAAGACAAGAAUGUGCCGUACGUGUUUGUUCGUUCCAAGCAAGCAUUGGGGCGCGCUUGUGGCGUUUCAAGGUCAGUCAUUGCUUGCAGUGUUACGAUUAAUGAAGGAUCGCAGCUGAAGCCUCAAAUUGAAGCCAUUCAGCAAGAAAUUGAACGUUUGCUUGUUUAAUGUACAAACGCAAUUUAUUCAUAGUUUAACUUUUCAAUAAACGUUUUUUCUAUAAA